AUGUGGUAGCAUUAGGGUCGUCUCAUAAAGUAUUAUGAUGAUAUGAAAGAAGGAAUAGCUUUCAACUAAUACCAGAAAAUAAUGUCACCACUGACUUUGACUUUGAGCUCUUAUAGCCGUUGGCUAUGCCGCUUCAAAAUCCUUCAUUCCCAAAACGCACUUGUUGCGUUCUCUUCCACCGCCACCACCACUACCCCACCUAACGAAAAUCAGACGCAGUCGAGUGGGCCCGCUCCGCCUCCGAUCAGAGUUGCACUCACAGAGUCAGCAGGUCGAGGCGUGUUCGCCACUCGGAAAAUCCGUGCCGGAGACACUAUCCACUCUGCUAAACCUAUCGUCUCUCAUCCUUCCCUCUCUGCCAUUGACACUAUCUGUUACUUUUGCCUCAAAAAGAUGAAACCUUUUACCGAGUCUCAAUCUCAAGGCGUUUCCUUUUGCUGUGAAAAGUGCAAAGAAAGCUCCAAGGUGUUUUAUGAUGUUGAGAAGAAAGCAGAUUGGGUAGAUUUUGAUGAUUAUUGCAGGACCCAAGGUCUGAAAUUUCCCCUCUUGGUAAAGCGGUUAGCUUGUAUGGUCAUAUCAGGAGCUGCACCUGCUGACAUUGUUGACAUACUUCAACCAGCUAGCUUAACUCAAAGGAUGAUUUUAAAGAUGGAAGAGGGAUUCUGUUUGCUAAGAAAUGCUUUCACAAAGGCAAAUAUGGGAGAUGAACGUACAUAUUUCUUAACAAAACAAUGGUACACUGCUGUGCUUGCAAGAAUUCGUAUCAAUGCAUUUCGCAUUGAUUUGGCUGGAGGAGCAUAUGAAGAUCUUCUUUCAUUAGCUGCGGCCUCCAUAGAAGCUGAAGCUGCAGUAGGAAAUGCUAUUUACAUGCUUCCAUCCUUUUACAAUCAUGAUUGUGAUCCCAACACACACAUCAUAUGGAUAGAGAAUGCUGAUGCAAAAUUGAAGGCACUCCGUGACAUUGAUGAAGGUGAAGAGCUUCGGAUAUGCUAUAUUGAUGCCAGCGUGAGUUGUCAUGCUAGACAAAGUCUCUUGUCUCAAGGCUUUGGUUUCGAGUGCAAUUGUCUGAGAUGUUUGUCUGGUGAUUAAGGGGCGUAUGAUCUUUACCUCUGAUCUAAUGAGUGUUUUUGUGUUUGCUCAAUAAGGUUUAGAAGAAUGUACUCAUAUGUCUGUUGUUUCUGACUGUAGUAAAGAGAUUAGGUAAAGGGAUGUACUCUGUUUUUCGUGUGUUUUUGUACAGGGCUGCUUGUAAGUUGAGAGUUUCUUAAGAGCACCUAAAUGGAAACGGUUUAAAUGUAUAAUUACAUUUUUCAAACAACAGAAAAUGGUGGAAUCUGAAUUCAACUUCAGGUUGGUUCGGACAAGCCCUUUUUCCUUUUCAUGAUAUUUUCUUCAUUACAUGAAAGGGAAUCGGAAUUGCAAUCAUUUUCCAUGUGGGAAACUGCUGCAGUCCUGAUCCUUAAUUAUUCAGGCAGAGUAAAUUUGAGCUAAAUAUGUUAGCCAAAUUAAAUUCUGAAGCUAGUAAGAGUAGCCAACAAUGUCAUUUAGACGUGUAGCGGGAUUCGAACCUCUAACCUCAAUUCUCGUAAAAGAUGUACUGGAAAUGAAAUGAUGUUUUUCACAGUAAAGUUUCCUAGUAGAUGAAUGAAUAUCGAUAUGGGCUAUAAUUAAAUUACCAAUAGCUACUGUCCAGGAUUUUAUUACUAUGAAAGAGUUAAUUGGGGGAGGAGCGAAAAUCCCAUCCCCAUUCCAACAUACUAUGAGAUAAGCCCCAAUCUUUGCU